ACUAUUCAUUAGAAAAUGUCUUUUGCAGAGCGCGUGGAGUGUACUACCUCAGCACUAAUGCAAAGAAACCAUACGCCAAAGGAUUCCCAGGGGGCAGACGCCUUGCUCUCAGGGAUGCAAAUACAAGAAGCUGACAAUACUCAGAAAAUUCAACUCUCCAAAAGAGUUAGCAAAAUGCUGUGUUGGUUUCCAGUCCUUGCUGCGCUAGUGACUGCAGCGAGCUAUGUGCAGGCAGCUGAGUACAGAGUUGUGUGUUAUUAUGGAAGCUGGGCUGUCUAUCGGCCCGGAAAUGGCAAGUUUGACGUGGAGAACAUUGAUCCCACACUUUGCACCCAUCUUAUUUAUGCCUUUGUUGGAAUAAAUACAGAAGGUGCUGUUACAAUCCUGGACUCUUGGAAUGAAAUUGACAAAGGCGCACUCAGGCGUUUCAAUGAAUUGAAGAAGAUCAGCCCAAGCACGAAGACAAUGGUUGCUAUUGGAGGAUGGAAUGCGGGCUCCAGCACCUUCUCGCAAGUGGUGAAUAAUGACGGCUUAAGAGCCAAAUUUGUGGACAACAUUGUCAACUUCGUGAAGCAGUAUGGAUUUGAUGGAUUUGAUUUGGACUGGGAGUAUAGAUACUUGGACUUCAUCAACGUCAUGACUUAUGACUUGCACGGGUCAUGGGACUCUGCCACAGGCGAGAAUGCUCCCUUGUACGCUGGCAUUGCUGACACAACAGCAGACAGUCAGACGCUGAAUGUGGAUUUUGCGAUUAAUUACUGGAUCCAGAAAGGUGCAUCUCCAGAUAAACUGAAUGUUGGAAUGGGUACUUAUGGCCGCUCUUUCACCCUGCAAAAUACUAGAAGCACUGAUGUUGGUGUUGCCAUCACAGGUCCAGGACAAGCUGGUCCAUACACCAGAGAGGCCGGCACAUUGGGAUACAACGAGAUCUGUGAGCAGUCCAGCCAAUGGACAGUUUACUGGAACGAAGAGCAGGAAGUUCCUUAUGCAGUCAAUGGGAACCAAUGGGUUGGCUACGACAAUGCCGAUUCCCUUAAACUGAAGGCUCAGUAUGUGAAAGAGAAGGGGUUGGGUGGAGCCAUGAUCUGGAGUGUGGAGACCGACGAUUUCCUCGGUGUCUGCGGAGCUGGAAAGUUCCCUCUGUUGGUUGCCAUAAACUCCGUACUGACUGGCAAGACAAGUGGGAUUCAGCAGAGCACCACGCAGGUUACCACAGCUGCUCCAUCACAAGUAGCAGAGCCCGUACAAGCAGCUCAGCCCACAGCAGCUGCAACAGCUGCGCCUGCUCAACCAAGCGGAGUCUGCACCAGGAGUGGUUUUGUGAGGGACAGCAGCAAUUGUCAAGUCUUCUAUAUCUGUGAAAAUGUCAAUGGGCAGUACGCAGUCAGUCAGUUCACCUGUCCUGCUGGCACUGUCUUUGAUACCACACUCAACGUAUGCAACUACCCAGCGGAAGUUCAGUGCUCAUAAUUUGCAUUCAAUUGCUUUACCUGUACGCACUACACGAAAAUAAACUUUUCUAAGCCUCAA